AUGGCCAAAAAUUUUUUCCAGAGAAGACAUACAGAUGGCCAACAGUCCGUAGCUAGUUGGGACCUAACUGGAAGCAAUCAGUGGAUCAACAAGUACCCUGAAGAGAACAGAAAACUGACUAUCAGUAAGCUAGACAGUCUUGUACAAAAGCUUGAGACAUUUCUAGAAAAUCAGAAAGAUGACAAAGAUGAUGACUCUGCAUUCCCUGGAUCUGCCCAGGAGGAAGAUUCCCAGUUGUUUGGCAGCUCCCCUCUAGACAUAGCUCAGAUGAUAAACCAGUCAACUGCCAACCAAAUGACAAGCACUGUAGAGACCUCCUCAGUCUCAUCAGGUCAGCCGGAGAAGGAGGACACUCAUUCCAGGACAUGGGCCCUCUCCUGUGUGAACUUCAGGUGGGUCUUCCUCUGGCUAAGGCAGCAAGUCCUCUCCUCACUUCUCAGGAGACCACACCACAAGGAGGCCACUGAGAGCCCUCAUAAGUUGGCACGAAAGAAAAGACUCUCUCACAGAAGCAAGAGAAUCCAACCUCAAGACUCCCUCGAAUUAGGACACCCUCUAUCGCCAGAUUUUUUAACCAUUUGA